GGACAGAGGACACCAUGGCGAGCCCGUGCAUGGAGCUGAGUAACAGGAUGAAGAUGCCCAUCUUGGGGCUGGGCACCUGGCAGGCUCCUCCAGGGAAGGUGGAAGAGGUGGUGAAGUUUGCUAUUGGUGCAGGUUACCGCCACUUUGACUGUGCCUACUUCUACCAGAAUGAAAAUGAAAUAGGGAACGCUGUGGAGCAGAAGAUCAAGGAGGGGGUUGUGAAGCGGGAGGACCUCUUCAUUGUCAGUAAGUUGUGGAACACAUUUCAUGAGAGACCUCUGGUAAAGGAAGCGUGCAAGAAGAGUCUUGCUGCACUGAAACUGGACUACAUGGACCUCUACCUGAUGCAUUUUCCUAUGGGGUACAAGCCUGGUGAAGAACUGAGUCCUUUAGAUGAUAAAGGAAUGGUUAUUCCCAGUGAUACAGAUUUUCUGGACACAUGGGAGGCUAUGGAAGAGCUGGUGGAUGCUGGUCUGGUCAAAGCCAUUGGUAUCUCCAACUUUAACCAUGAGCAGAUUGAGAGACUCUUGAACAAGCCUGGCCUCAAAUACAAACCUGUUGUUAAUCAGAUCGAAUGCCACCCAUACCUCACCCAGGAAAAGCUUAUCAAGUAUUGCCAAUCUAAAGGGAUUGCUGUGACAGCCUAUAGUCCCCUUGGCUCUCCGAACCGUCCAUGGGCCAAGCCAGGGGAACCUAUGCUGCUGGAGGAUCCUAAGAUUAAAAAUAUUGCAGACAGACAUAAUAAAAGCCCUGCCCAGGUUGUGAUACGGUUUCUCAUCCAAAGGAACGUGAUCGUCAUUCCCAAGUCUGACAAACCACACCGCGUUGAGGAAAACAUGAAGGUGUUUGAUUUUGAACUGUCUAAAAAGGAGAUGGAUGUCAUCCUCAGCUUUAACAGAAACUGGAGGGCAGUUGCAGUGCCUGUGGCUGUCAAUCACAAGUACUACCCAUUCAAAGCAGAAUAUUAAUGCCUAUGGCUUCUGCAAGACCUCCAUGUACAACAGAUCCAAAGAUGUACCUUGUAGUUUAGUUUUGAUUUGUUCUUUUUUUAUACUGAUACUGAUUAAGAAGAGUUACUUGCCCUCCUUUUCUGGAGGCAAUCACUAGUUGAUGAAAUAAUGUACCAGUGGGGAUGGGUCUUCUACUGAGAUGGCAAGCAGAAAUAUGUUCUCAAUUACUGGUAAAAAGACAAUGUCUCCUCAUUUCCUUUUUCCUCGUCUUCCUUAAGUAAAGACAUGUUCAACAAAAAUCCUGUUACUUAUAAGAUAUUUUUACAUGCGGUUUUCAGUGUGGUAAGUCAUACUAAACCAUUAGCAGCCAUCAAGGAAUGCAGUCUUUAAUUACUCUGCCUUUUAUAUAGUUGUAAUUCUUAUAGAGUCAGUUUCUUAAUACUCUGAAAUUUUAUAUGAAUAAAGUUUGAGUAACAACAAAACUUAA